CAUUUUCACUAAUUUCACUAUUUUCUUGCAUAAACGGUACGAUAACUACACGGCUCGAUUUGGCCUAUAUUUAAAAAAACAGAGUGGAUUGAUACUUGAUUUUAGGUUUUUAAAAACAAUUUAAAGCUACAUUAAAAUCUUAUAAUGGCUGGGUCAGCAUUGCGACGGCUUAUGGCCGAAUAUAAACAGCUUACUGUUAAUCCACCAGAGGGAAUCAUUGCUGGGCCCAUCAAUGAAGAAAAUUUCUUUGAAUGGGAAGCUCUAAUCACCGGGCCAGAAGGGACAUGUUUUGAAGGUGGCAUAUUCCCGGCAAAACUAGUUUUCCCUCCAGACUACCCGCUGAGCCCUCCCAAGAUGCAGUUCACUUGUGAAAUGUUUCAUCCAAACAUAUAUGCUGAUGGGCGUGUCUGCAUAUCUAUUCUCCAUGCGCCCGGAGAUGACCCCAUGGGGUAUGAGAGCAGCGCUGAGAGGUGGUCGCCAGUUCAAAGUGUUGAAAAAAUACUGCUGUCAGUAGUCAGUAUGCUAGCUGAACCUAAUGACGAGAGUGGAGCAAAUGUUGAUGCAGCAAAAAUGUGGAGGGAGGACCGAGAACAAUUUAACAAGAUUGCUGAAAGAUUGGUCAGAAACACGCUAGGAAUACCACCACAAUAAAAUUCAUGUGCUAAACUGACUGAGCUUUAAUAUAUUUGGUGGCUUGUAAACUAGUGUGAAAAUAUAUUUUUUUUGCAUAAUCUUUCUACACAUGAGAAUAUGUAUAUAUAUACUCAGAGUUACCUAAAGAACGGCAAACAAUUAACAAAUUUUACUACUUGUAUGUCUGAGUAUUAGUUAGGAUUGUUUACAUAUAAAUGUAUAAUGUUGACACAACACUUAUGAUAAUUAUUUAUGUUAAUAUCAGAUUAAAUGAUGAUCGAUAUUAUAUUUGCACAAAGCUUAAACUUACUGCAGAAUAAUUUUAUUGUUUGAUAAUGAUAACUACUUAUACAUAUGGACAUGUAA